AUGUUCAGCAGAAACAACGACGUCGGCAACCGCCAGGAACCGUAUCCUGUUCGGGACCCCGUUACAGGUUUCGCAGGACUAACCACGAGUUUUUUUCAGACCUGGCGCGUCGGGGGUUAUGGCAGCAGCGCAGAAGACGUAUAUCGAGUGACAAUCCACGCACUUUUGUGGGACCGAAGCAAGCAGCCAUUGCUAUUCUUCGAUGGUUGCUUCAACACGAAGGCUGGCUGGAUGCUUUUGGAAACUGUGUACUUUGUUUCGGAAGAAGGCGUUUGGGAUCGACUCCGCAGCGGCGCCGACCUCGAAAUCCCAACAUCCGACUUUAUAUUUAUAGUUUGGGCAAGCAUAAUUAAAAAGCUCCACCUAAGGGUUAGUAAAAUGGUUAUUUACAACGUGGCCUUUGUCCACAUUACGAACCUUUCCGUCCACCGAUUGUGCCGGGUGUUUGCAAACCUGAUAAACUCCGGUUUCGGCCACGUUUACCGUCCAAUCGCAUCGGUGCAGGAUAGGAUUAACCCGCGGCAGGGACUGGGAAUCGUCGGUUUCGAGGAUUUUUUCAGCUUGACGCCAUGCCAAAUUAUUCUGCUCGGCAUAAUUAAACACCAGGCUGUAUUUAGGGAUCGUACGCCGGUUAGGGUCGGUUGGCAUUAUAAGCGUGGUGGGCAGGCUGGGCCAGAGUGGGACACAGCUAUCGUGGUGCGCAUGGGUUCCUAUUUCAGGAGGUUUUCGAACUCGCUUUUCGCCAUCCUUCCAACCAAUUUAUAA